AAGCAUCAGUUGAUUCACAAACAAUCAUCACGAACAAGCAAAGCAAAAUGGCAUCCCGCAUCAUUGUUGUCCUCAGCGCCAUCAUCGUCCUGGCUCAAGGAUCAAACAUACUGCCCAUCGAGCAGGAAGCGGAGGUGGCAGUCCAUUCGGGAGUGGUGGCGUCUGGAGCUCCUGUUGCCGUCGUUUCGCAAGGAUAUCCGUCAGUGUCCCAUGGCCCUCUUCCUGUUCCAGUUGUAGGACCCCAUCGCGGAAUCGGACUGGGAGGUUCUCGUCCCUAUGCGGCUGCUCCUCUUCGUCCUGUUCCUGUAUCCAAUGCUCGUCCUGCCGCCGUAGUCGUCCCAGCCGUAGUGGUUGCCCCAGUGGCUCCCAUUCGCCAGCCACAUGGAGUGGCUGCCCCAGUUUACGUUGGAGCCGCUCAUGGCAAUGUGCACCGCAAUCCCCAUCACGGCUAGAAACAGAGCCAAGACGCCCGAAUCGAGUCAAUGAAUAACCUGCAGUCCAUUUCUUAUACAUAAUUAAAACAAUAGCAAAUUUCUAAAAUACACAAUAAAUGAAUGGUACACACCCA